GCUAAAAAUAUGUCAUAACUCCGCAUUUAGUCCAUUUAGUCCCAGUAAAUUUUGCAAUUUUUCCACCGUCGAAGGGUUUAAUAUAAUUAAAAAAUGUUUUCAAAAGUAUUAAGAUAUUCUUAUGUGGCAACGAGACUAUAUUCAAGACAAUACGUAGCCAGGCCUUUAUUAUCGUUAACAAUAAUUGGUAAAAACCAUGAAUGGAAGAGGGAUUUUAAAAAUUUUGGACACCAAACCGAGAAAGAAUCAAGAUUAACCAAGAUUUAUUGUAUCUUUAUAAUGCUAUCAAUGCUGUUGCCCUGUAUUAACUAUAGAGGGAUUCAAAAAAAAUUGUUUCCGAAAGUGGAGGCUAAAGAACCUAAAAAACAAGAAAUUGAAUCAAGCGAGGAAGAUCAUCAUAUCCAUGAUGAAGAGGGUAAACACAAGAAGCACAAGAAACAAAAAAUUGGGUUUAGAGAUAGAAAAAUAAUCGAUUAUGAGAAUCGUAUAAGAACUUAUUCAACGCCAGAUAAAGUCUUUCGGUAUUUUGCAACCAUUCAAGUUAUAACACCGCAAGGUUUAGAAACGUUUAUGACACCGGAUGAUUUUCUUAGAUCUUUAAUGCCUGGAUUAAAACAACCAGAUGGAUUAGGAUUGGAUCAAUUUAGAAGAUAUGACCCAAAGCAUAAAGUCGAGACUGUUCACGAUAAACUCGAGUUAAGUCUCCCUAGAGACAGUAUUUUCUACAAACUCGGUAGUUUUGGUCUCAUCACAUUUUCGGAUUACAUCUUUUUAUUAACAGUACUUUCAACUUCUCGAAGGCAUUUCGAAAUAGCUUUUCGCAUGUUCGAUUUAAAUGGAGACGGCGAUGUCGAUUGCGACGAAUUUGAAAAGGUUGCUACUUUAAUAAGACAACAAACAAGUAUUGGAUCAAGGCAUAGAGAUCAUGCUAAUACCGGAAAUACAUUUAAAGGUGUUAAUUCAGCGCUUACUACUUAUUUCUUUGGAAAGGAUCUUAAACAAAAAUUAACGAUCGAAAAAUUUUUGGAUUUCCAAGAACAGCUUCAAAAGGAAAUUUUAAAUCUUGAAUUUCAGAGGCGUUUUCCAGACGAUGAUGGGUGUAUUUCUGAGAUUGAUUUUACUGAGUUAUUGUUGGCUUAUGCUGGGUAUUCUCAUAAGAAAAAAGCUAAAAUGUUGAAACGUGUAAGAAAAGCGUUUAAAGAACAUAGUCAAGGUAUUUCCAAACAAGACUACUUAAAUUUAUUUCACUUCUUAAACAACAUCAAUGAUGUCGAUACAGCUCUUACAUUUUAUCAUAUUGCUGGUGCUUCAAUUGAUGAACGCACUUUAAAACACGUUGCAAAAACUGUGGCUCAUGUAGACCUUAGUGAUCAUGUUAUUCAUGUUGUUUUUACUAUAUUUGAUGAAAAUUUGGAUGGCCAAUUAAGUAAUAGAGAAUUUAUAGCAGUUAUGAAAAAUAGGCUAAUGCGCGGUUUAGAAAAACCAAAAGAUACAGGUUUCAUCAAGUUUAUGCAUAGCGCUGUUAAAUGUGCCAAAGAUGCCCGAACUUCAAUUUAAAUUAUAAUCAUGUAUUUAUCGUAAAUUUUAGCUGUAAUAGCUAUCUUAUCCUUAAAGAAUAAAUUAAUUAUAAAGAAAC